AUGCUCUUGGGUUCCCUUCUUUUUCUCUUCGCUGGAUCUGUUUCUGCUUUGCGGCUUCCCAUUGAGCGGCGAAGCCCGAGUCCUCGGACGACUAAUAUAGUCCUUUCUAAUCUCGCCAACUCCGGGAACACUGGCUUCACCGAUGUUGGCAACGGCCUCUAUACUGCCACUAUCCACGUCCAGGGGCAGCCUGUCCAGGUGCAAAUAGAUUCGGGUAGCUCCGAUCUGUGGAUCAACAACGACGGUACUGACCUUCAAGGUCUGACCGAUACCAACAUAUAUAGCACCACAUUUUACGGCGACGGCUCCGUAGCUGAGGGGCCAAUUGUCCUGGCCAACGUCUCACUCGGGGGCUUCACUGUCUCUGGACAAGCUCUCGUAACUGCUCCCGGCAGCAAUGCCACAAUCACAGGCGCGGAUCAAGGUCUCCUCGGUGUUGGUCUCUUCUCUUACUCAGACCUUCCGCGUAGUCCCAUGGGCUCCAGCAUCCUCGGUCAACUCAACGGAACAUCGUCCAAUGGCCUGCCUUUCCUUCAGAACGUCUUCAACACAUUACCGAAUGAUUCGAAAUAUAUGACUCUCCUUUUGUCUCGGUCAGCGAUGGGCACCAAUCAAUUCGUCCAGGGCGGCGCCCUCACUAUCGGCGAGCUCGUGAGCAACUACUCCAACAUCGUGGAAUCCCCUCGGCUGCCUGCGCCUUACAAUAAGGGGUGGUUCACCUUCUUGGACGGAAUGACCGUCAAUGGCGUCUUUCACCCGGGUAACAGUUCUGGUCUCAACGGCAAGACGGCAAACUUCACGAUACAACCGAUAGUUAACCAGAGCUUUGCCCUUUUGGACAGUGGCACGAGCCUCGCCCGGGUACCCAGGACCUAUCUGGACUACAUGUACAAGGAUCUGCCGGGCGCUGUUUUCACCGAGGAUGAUGACGGGCAGCAGUACUACACGGUCCCUUGCAAUACCAAGGUGUCAACAUUAGCUUCACCUUUAGGUACAUUUUUCUCGGCCAUCUCACUGAGCAACAUCAGCUACCCAGUCCAUCCACUUGACUCUGUCAUCGUCAACGUGAACACGAGCGGUGAGGUGACGUGCCGUGGCGCAUUCGGUGCUAGUGACGAUCCUCUGUUCACCCUGGGUGAUACGUUCAUGCACAACGUCUACACGUUGUACUACCACGGGAACGGCGCGUUGCCCAGCGCCGCUACCGACGAGUCCACUGCGCCCUACAUCCAGCUCCUUAGCUUGGUCGACCCCGACGAGGCGUUCGCGGAGUACGAUAAGGUAAACCUGCAACGCAUCGCGCAGAACGAGUACGAGAACUUCGCCGAAUUCUGGAACAUCACGAGCUCGACUCCCUUGGCUGCCGCGACGACGUACACCUGGCCCAUCGUCAACGCCACCGGCGCGUCCCUCUCGACCACCCGCAUCUCCAUCACCACGUCCGUCACAACCACGAGCGCGUCCGUCACCCUCAGCACGUCUACCGUCAGCCCGAGCACAGCAAGCGUCGACGACGUCGUAGCGGCCGCCGUCGCAAAGCCCGUCGGUACGUCCGCGUCUGCGUCACUGGCCGAGUGGACCGAGCUGAACCGCAACGUCUACGUUAUCAUCGGGCUCCUCAGCGGCGCACUAGUCCUCGGCAUCGUUUGCUUCGCACUGACUGUCGAGGAAUGUUCAGGACGCGAGUACAGCAGAGUACACCAGGAGGUCCCGCCGUUCCCGUUCAGGGAGCCCGAGGCGACGCCGCUGGCGUCAACGUACCGUGAUAGGAAACGAUGAACCGCAUAUUUAGCACGACUGCUAGUACCGCUCGUUUGAUGGGUUUUAUACAUAUGAUACACAAGGAGAGUAAUAUUUUGCAGUAGCUUUCUUGUCUGGCAUGUCUUCAACGCUGUGGAGAAGACUGGCUGAGCGAUACUGGCGACUCGUGGCGAGGGACUUAAGUAGUCAGGUCAGAUUCAGUAAUAGGCUGUUAUUCACUCCAGUGUUCCUACGGGGAUGCAGACACUCCGCCCAUGCUUCAUGCACACGUAUCACUGGGUGUCAGCAUUGAUAUGAGCAAGCAAUACGAACACCAGUCAGACCGUACGUAGCUGUAGCCAUGGAAAGGAAAUGGAUUAGAUCGCGCAUAAUGGUGCAAAUUAG